AUGGGGUGGUCUCUGCCUCAUAUCCCAUAUCCGCCUGCAAAGGCUGGAUUCUGGAGUCCCGUCACGUCUACACUCAACUGGUGCGAAGAGGACUACUAUGCGACCGUUUAUUCCGCAGAGAUUGUCAAUACCCUGACAAACCUCUUGUUCAUGUGGUUGGGUAUCAAGGGCAUCAUCAGUUGUCGCCGCAAUGGACACGACCAGAUCUUCACCGUUGCCUUUCUGGGCUAUCUGGUUGUAGGAACGGGCAGUUUCUUGUUCCAUUCUACUUUGAAAUGCAAGUACCCCAUGCAACUUGUCGAUGAGCUCUCCAUGAUCUACACGACUUGCCUGAUGGCCUACGCCUCAUUCUCAUACUCGCGUCCAUCCGGCGUUCGCCUCGUCCUCGCCAUCUCCCUCCUCAGUCUGGCGGUCUUCAUCACCCUCUACUACCAUUACCUGCAAGACCCGGUAUUCCAUCAAAAUGCCUACGCGCUCUUGACCACCGUCGUUGUCCUGCGCAGCAUGCACACCAUGGAGACAACCCUUCGUCCCAAGUGGCGCCACUCCCGCGAGGAAGAUCGCCUGGACCGCCAGAAGAAGGGUCUCCCGGUUCCUACAAAGGAACGCCAACAUUUCGAGAAUGAGCGCGACAUGAAGACCUUGAAGACAAUGUGGUUUAUGGUCUUGUAUGGACUUAGUAUGUUCCUAGGCGGCUUUUUCAUCUGGAAUCUAGACAACCAGUUCUGUUCGCAGAUCCGCGUGUGGCGUCGGACGGUGGGCUUGCCGUGGGGGAUUUUCCUGGAGGGACAUGGCUGGUGGCAUAUCAUGACCGGUGUCGGUGCAUACUUGUACAUCAUCUGGGGUAUAUGGCUGCGACACUGCCUGAAUGGUCGCCAGGACGACUUCCAUCUGCGCUGGGCGCAUUUCUGGCAAAUCCCCGAGAUUAUUCGUACCACACCCGUGUCCGAGAAUGGGGUUGCUCGAGCCAAAAAGUCUACCUGA